ACAUGCAAAUUCUAGUUUCUUAAAGCAAAGCUUUGUUGAAUUGAUAGCUUGAAUUUGCGAAUGGACGGAGAAGAGCUUACCGAGCAGGAGACUGCCUUGUACGACCGUCAGAUUAGGGUUUGGGGCGCUAAUGCUCAAAGAAGAUUGACCAAAGCUCAUAUCUUGGUAUCUGGAAUUAAGGGGACUGUUGCUGAGUUUUGCAAGAACAUUGUGCUGGCAGGAGUUGGUUCAGUGACUUUGAUGGAUGAUCGUUUAGUGAAUGAGGAGGCCUUGAACGCAAACUUUUUGAUUCUGCCUGAUGAAAAUGCUUAUAGUGGCAAAACUGUGGCUGAGAUUUGUUGUGAGUCACUCAAGGAUUUCAAUCCUAUGGUCCGUGUUUCUGUAGAGAAAGGUGAUCUGUCAACGCUUGGCACUAAUUUUUUUGAGCAGUUUGAUGUCGUAGUUAUAGGCUACGGUUCUCGUGCUACCAAAAAAUAUGUCAAUGAAAAAUGUCGGAAGUUAGUGAAACGUGUGGCAUUCUAUACAGUCGAUUGUAGAGACUCAUGUGGUGAAAUCUUUGUGGACCUUCAAGAUUACAAGUACAUGAAGAAAAAGCUUGAAGAGACGGUGGAAUGCGAACUAAAUUUCCCAAGUUUUCAGGAAGCUAUAUCGGUACCAUGGAAACCGAUUCCUCGAAGAACAGCAAAGCUCUAUUUUGCUAUGAGAGUAAUAGAAGUGUUUGAGGAAAGUGAAGGGCGCAAACAUGGGGAAUGUUCGCUACUCGAUCUUGCCAGAGUCUUGGAAAUCAAAAAGCAACUCUGUGAGGCAAACUCUGUGAGCGAGAGCCAUAUACCAGAUAGUCUCUUGGAGAGACUUAUCACUGGUACUACUGAAUUCCCACCAGCUUGUGCCAUUGUGGGAGGAAUAUUAGCACAGGAGGUGAUCAAAGCAGUAUCAGGCAAAGGAGACCCAUUGAAGAACUUCUUCUACUAUGAUGGUGAAGAUGGGAAAGGUGUGAUGGAAGACAUUUCCAACUCUUUUACCUCUUAACCAACCAGUGUGUCCUAGAUUUAAUGUAACUCUAUGAUCUCUGAGAUUCUAUGUAUAUCUCAAUCGUUUGUUUUUUGCCUUCACAUUAUGAACAAAUUAAUGCAGAAUUUCGUGGUGGUCAGUUAUGAUUUUCCUUGGUAGAAUCAAUUUCAGUUAUUGAC